UAAUGCAUCAAUAGCUGUCAAAGGGUCAAAGGUAAAUUAUUAGAGUCAAUUGUAAAGUAGUAAAAACUGAUGGAAAAGGGUCCGGAGUACUAUAAAGACAGAUAACCUCACAGAUCCUUGUGUGUUCUGAUUAAAUAAUGCCAGCAAAUCAUGAUGAAAAUCUGAUCAAUCCAGGUAGAAUAGUCUUCUGUGGGAUUAUAGGAUUGGCCUCUGCACGUGCAGUGCCCUCAGACAACAUAUGCUUUGAUUUGGAGGUUUUUGACUAACAAAUAUAUUUACUUUCCGAUGCUUUCUAUUAAUAAAUAAAAGCAGAAAAAAUCCAGGGCGAAUAAAUGCCACAUCUCCGUUUUGGCGGCUGCGCGAACCCUGCCACCUGUUUUGGAGCUGAUUUGGCGUCCGGGCGCCGGCCAAUAGGAGCGGCCGGCGGGUUUGAAGGCGGAGAAAGGAGGCAGAGAAGUUGGAGGAGAGGGCGAGACGCGGAUUUGGAGACACAAGCGCACAUUCAGCGUUAGUUGAUGGGUUCAUAUAUGUAUUUUUGUUAGUUCUUAUUUUUGAAAUCAUUGACUCCCCCCCCACCUCUCUGCUGUUUGUUCAGACCGCGCGCGCGCACGGAAAGCUCCUUUUUUUAUGAUAAUUUGUGAUUGAAUCUGCCGUUGAUGCCGCUGCACAUGAUUUUCUGGAGCGCGCAGCCACAGGUUGGCUGAUAGAACCCAGUCACCAUGGAUUACGCUUCCUCCCCGUCUGGUGCCGAUCGUCCCUGACCGGAUCGAAGCCCCAUCGACCCAAACAGCGAUGACUGAGGGAAACACGAACUCAUCGUUUGGAGUGUGAGCGGCGUCUGUGGACAGCGACGCGCCAAUCCGAGGGGGCGAGGAGGAGGAGGAGGACCUGUGGAGGACCUAAAAGGAGACGAGAAGAGAAGAUAAUGGGAUGGAUGUGGAGACAUGAGAAAGAAAAAAGUCUGGAGGUCUGAUUUCAACUAGCCAGUGACUGAAGACUAUUAACCUGGGGACAGAAACAGAGAGAAAAGGUCGGAGACAGGUGCUGCAGCUCUGACCAUGGAGCCUCCCCCAUCUUUGAGCUUGGCUCUGCUGGGUGGCAGUGAGGAUGAGGAUCAGCGCUUCCUUCUUCCCCUAGGUGGCAUAUCCCAUCCCUCCACCACCGGCAACCAGCCAGGAUCAAACCACUCCAACCACAUGGGAGGUUCCAGCCUCGACCGUCUAAAUGGCAGCACCCCAACGCCGUCUCCUGCCACGCCCAGCUUGCCUCCAGCGUCCCUCCCCAAGCUGCCCCUAUCCUCCUCUGGAACCCAGCCUCUGCCCACGCCCAUCCCCAAUGCCCUGCACCCCACCAGCACCCCGCUGUCAUCCUGCUUGGGUUCGCAGCACAGCCUGAGCGGAGAAAACUCCCCAGUUUACAACGCCCUGUUUUACUCCUCCCACUCGCCCUCCAUGGAGCGGGAGAAGGACAGAGAGCGGGACAGAGACAGGGGGAGCAAACACAGACAGGCCAGCCCUCUAGUUCACCGCAGGGACAGUAACCCCUUCACAGAGAUCGCCAUGAGCUCCUGUAAGUACACGGGCGGGGUCAUGAAGCCCCUGAGCCGCCUGAGUGCCUCCCGCAGAAAUCUUAUAGAAUCAGAAAGCAGCAGCGAAACCAAAGAGGGCGCCGUUUCGGCAGUAGCUGGGUUAUCAGUUGCCGGAGGACACGACAGACAGAGAGACGCCCCUUCUGCCUGCUCAGUGACCCAGUCCUCGACCAACCAACUCCUUAUUCAAACCCCCCCAGAAAUUGUAAUCUCAUCCAAAGAAGACUCAACAUACCCCAGAGGAGGGUAUGACAUCACUGACUCCUCGUCCAACCAAAUGUCCAUCUAUCACCAGAACCACGCCCUGGUGGAGAGCAGGCGGGUGCAGCCGGGACGGGGCAGCAGGCAGGCAGGGGUUGGGGCGGCGAGCACUGGAGCCAGGGGGAGCACCUCCAAGGCUAGCAAACGAAAGAACCAAAACAUUGGCUACAAGCUGGGACAUCGCAGGGCGCUGUUCGAGAAGAGGAAGAGGCUGAGCGACUACGCUCUCAUCUUUGGGAUGUUUGGGAUCGUCGUCAUGGUGAUUGAGACAGAGCUGUCCUGGGGCGUGUACAGUAAGAGCUCCAUGUAUUCUCUGGCCCUGAAGUGCUUGAUCAGCCUCUCCACAGUCAUCUUGCUGGGACUCAUCAUAGCCUACCACGCACGAGAGGUUCAGCUUUUCGUCAUCGACAAUGGAGCGGACGACUGGCGAAUAGCCAUGACGAUGGAGAGGGUUCUGCUGAUUGCUCUGGAGCUGCUGGUGUCUGCAGUGCAUCCAGUGCCAGGGGACUUUAAAUUUCAGUGGCGGGCACGGCUGGCCUUCUCGUACGCGCCUUCGCAGGCCGAGGCGGACCUGGACAUGGUGCUGAGUGUGCCCAUGUUCCUGCGCCUUUACCUCAUUGCCAGAGUCAUGCUUCUACACAGCAAACUCUUCACCGACGCCUCCUCACGGAGUAUAGGUGCCCUAAAUAAGGUCCAUUUUAACACACGGUUUGUAAUGAAAACCCUCAUGACCAUUUGCCCUGGGACGGUGCUGCUGGUAUUCAGCAUCUCUCUUUGGAUUAUUGCUGCCUGGACCGUGCGUGUGUGUGAGAGGUAUCACGAUGCACAGGAUGUGACCAGCAACUUCCUGGGAGCCAUGUGGCUUAUCUCAAUCACUUUUCUAUCUAUUGGAUAUGGAGACAUGGUUCCACAUACCUACUGUGGCAAAGGAGUUUGUUUGCUAACAGGCAUUAUGGGUGCAGGCUGUACAGCUCUGGUGGUUGCCGUGGUAGCCAGGAAGCUGGAGCUGACCAAGGCUGAGAAGCAUGUGCACAACUUCAUGAUGGACACACAACUCACCAAAAGGAUAAAGAACGCUGCAGCAAAUGUGCUGAGGGAGACCUGGCUCAUCUACAAGCACACCAAGCUGAUGAAGAAGAUCGACCACUCGAGGGUCCGCAAACACCAGCGGAAGUUCCUGCAGGCUAUUCAUCAAUUACGCAGUGUGAAAAUGGAGCAGAGGAAGCUCAGCGAUCAGGCCAACACACUAGUGGACCUCUCUAAGAUGCAGAGUGUCAUGUAUGAGCUCAUGUCAGAGCUCAAUGAUCGCAGUGAGGACUUGGAGCGACAGAUGCUGUCCCUGGAGCAGCGGGUGGAGCAGCUCACUGCAGGCUUUAACGCCCUUCCUGCACACCUCUCUGCAACCCUCAGCGCCCAGCAUGCCGCCCUGGUCCAGCUGCUCCGAGAAAGGGAUGCAAGGGAUAGUAGAGGGGGUGGUGCAGUGCUUCCGCUGUCCCCAGCUGCAUCUGUAACUACUGCACCAACAACAGCGUCUCCAGUCCAGGUUGCAGCUCCCGCACCACCACUUGCACAGGUCUCUGCUUUAUCAUUAGAGUCCCCUUUGUCACCACCGCCACCCUUAAGCCCGGACGGGAGCCUGGAGGCCAGUCCCAAACCCAACUCCUGCACCUCUAGCUGCUGAGGACAGCUCUUAGGACCAAUAAAGGACAAACAUGGGAGCAGAAGAUUAUGGAGAACAGAGAGGCUGUUCCCAUUUGCUAACAUCAGACUACAGGAGAGAAAUGAGGGAGAAAGGAAAUUUUUGGAGAUCCUCUGAAAUCAUCACUCCACGAAGAUGAGACAAAGAUAAACUAAUGGGAUUAAGAUGGAGGGCCAGUCAGAGCAAUGAGAUAUGUUCAGGACUUAGGGGGUGCUUUCUUAAUGAAGGAAGGAGAAGAUAAAUGGAGACUCUAAAAGGUGUGAGGGGGAGGUAAGAUGACAAGAGGGUGAGAAAUGAGAGGAGGGGGAAGGAGUUUCUAAGAAUAAUUACGCAAACUCCUAAAUGGGAUCCUCUCAAAUUGUUCCAAAAGGCCUUUUAUAUUCUCUGGAUCUCUUUCUCCUCUUUUUUCUUCUCAUUUUUGGAAUCUUUUGCUCCCUUCAUCAGGAAUUAAUGUCCAUGACUUUUUAUCCUUAUGAUGUAUUUUCUAUCUGAAUGCUAAUUGUGUGUUAACAAGCAUCCCUUUAACAGAAGGUUUGAUCAAUAUGACCGUGGUAUUAAAAAAAAAAGUCUAGCAGCAUGCAACACACACACACACACGCACACUCAACACAUGUUUCUGACAUGAUCAUACAAUCCUUUAAAAUGCAGGCUGUACUACACACAAUAAUAAAUUGAAUGCACUAGCCUACAUGACAACCCUAAAGCCUAUACUGCCAAACAUUUGAUGCACUGUCUAUCUCCAUAUUGAAGCACUGCCAAACAAUAUAGACAGACUGUAAUAAGAAACGUUCAUCUCAACAAUUUCUCUUCUUCAUUUGGGAGCUCAUGCCACACGUUUUGGUUGCGACGCACAGUUGUGACAUUUUAACAACUCAGGCAAGAGAAUUGUAAGCAGAUAUUGAGCUCCACAAAUUACAAAUGAAGCUGAGAUAAGCAGGGCAUGAGUCCCCUUAGUGUUUAUAAUACGACAAUACAACAACAGCAGGAAUUCAUUUCUACAUCUUAAAAGCAGAUUGGAUUUAAGUAAUAAUUUUGUGAAACUUUAGCUUUGUGCUCUUGAGAUGAGGCUGCGAUACUGUUCUCUGCUGACACAAAAGGACCUUUACUAUGUACAAGAUGUAAUUUAAUUUUUUGAUUAUGACUGUGUGAACAAACGCAAACUUUGGUUUAAUCGGAUUUUAAAUCUCUUAAUUAAUUUUAAAGAUUACAAUAAUUAUAUACACUGGAUCCAAAAGUCAGCUUUUUUGCACAUGCAUGAAACCCCACAUUUAAAGUCCCACUCCAAUCAUCUUUUCAUCUAUCUUAAAAGUGUUCCCAGUGGUCUUUUAAUUUUGAUUAUGCCCCAUUUAGGCUACAUUUUUAAAAGACUGUUGUUUUUUUAGGAAAUAGUUUAUGCAGAGCGGCAGGAGUUCAUCAGAAAUCCGCCUCUGCGUUGUGGUCGGCACUGUGAGCACGGAGUGAGUCUGCCUUCAUUUCCCAUCAACUCUUUGUUUACACUCUUGACUUACAGCCCCUCACAACCUCAACCUAACAUUACCGGUGCAGCAAAAGUGGCGAGUAAUAUUAAAGUUAUCCAGCUGUACAGUUUUGAGUCAGAUGCCAGCUCAGACGAGAUGUACGUGGAUCUAUUUGUCUGCAACCGAAUGCAUCAGAUUAGAGCGAAGCAGGGAGCUUGUGGCCUGUUGAUUGUAGUUUAUCCGUUACUACUACAAGCGUUUUCAAAGGGCUUUUUUUUUCAUCUUCUCCUCAUUCAUAAUGAUUUGAAUAAAGAAAUACCAAUAUUCAAGACAUCUUUAAUCCUAAUAUUCCCUCCAUUGUCAGAAAAAUACUACCAAAACAUGGUAAAAACACAAUUUUCAUUGGAGUGGGUCUUUAACGCAAGUUUAUCUAAUAUAAUAUUAAGGUUCAAAUCAAACAUACCGUAAUUAAAUAUAAUAAUAAAACUUCAUUUAAAAAUGCAAAUGUCUUUACUUGUCUAGAAGCCAGAUUGACAGUGAUCAGUAAUCUAUUUUUUUUUUAAUGUUCUUAAAAAUUGUUCUUUUAAAAGACAUUUAAGACAUUUAUUAAUGUCCCCUGACAUUAAUAUAUGGUUUUGGUGUCUGACCAUAGGCUUUUAAUAUUUUUUCCAUGCAUGGAUAUUUCCAUUAAAAUUUCUUCACUGCCUAUUUAUGUCAGACUCGCAGUCCCAAAACAGCUCCAUGUUAUCAUGAAUGUAUUUUAUGUAAAGAGAAUUACACCCUUACUGGUGGAAUCGCCAACUGCCACAUACACACACAGAUACACACACAUUCACUUAACUCUACAACCAAAGUGCUCUCUCUUAAAUGGACUUCAAUAGGAGGCAGGGAACACUGCUGUCACAGGGGAGAAAAGAUGGCAGGAGAAGGCGUUGCAGAUAUUUUUGACAAUAUAUCUGAGGGAAUAACUGUGAAAAAAAAUGCGGGUCUGCACUUGUUAAAGUGCAGCGCCUUGCUGUAGAAGAAGGUGGAAUGUGGAUAAAAUAAGGGAACACAAAUAAACCUUACAAAGGAUCAAUGGCCAUGAAGGAACAGCUGUGCAUGACAUAAAAAAUAUAUAUCUGACAGGAAUUUUAAUAGCUCGAGGAAAGAGACGAGCCUACUUUUGCUUUGAAAACAAUACCGAAAACUAUGUUAUAGCGACAUGCUGUGGCCGGAAUACUGAACUACAUGCGCUUGGAAAAUUGUACAGUCUGCUCUUAACGAAACCUAGCUUUGUAAUGCUUAGUCUUUUUUACCAUAACGAUUAAACGCAGUUACAGCU